CAAUAUACUACUCAGGCAGCAUGAGGCCAAUUUUCUGUGGGAAUGUCGAGUAUAACGCUAGGCAGUCCGAGUUGGAGAGGCUUUUCAGAAGAUAUGGGAAAGUGGAUAGGGUGGAUAUGAAAUCCGGAUAACAUUGCAAUGUCCAUACUAUCAUGGCUGAUGGACGGCGUCUCAUUUCAUUUCCUAGCUGUGACAAGUGUUUUCUUCUUGUCUCCAAGAAGAGCUCUCUGAUCCAUCAUGGCAUCACAAUCAUACAUUUUCCUCAAUCAUUAUUGCUUUCCAAUCCAGAAUUUUUCCCAGCCUUCAUUUUACGGACUUGUCACAAACUCACAAUGCCGACCUCGAUGCUGAGGCAGCAGAUUAAAAUGGAGAAGGCACUUUCUUUACAUUGUUGCCUCAUGUGACAUGCACCUUUACUUGAAAUCUGUUAGUCCACCAUGAAAGGUUUUGCUUUUGUUUAUAUGGAUGAUGAAAGAGAUGCAGAGGAUGCUAUUCGUGGACUUGACCGAAUAGAAUUUGGCCGAAAGGGUCGCAGACUUCGCAUUGAGUGGUCAAAGGAAGAGCGUAGCAGUAGGAGGCCUGAGAUUUCUAGGAAAUCUUCAUCUAGCGCCAGACCUUCGAAGACUUUGUUUGUCAUAAAUUUUGAUCCAAAUAGUACUAGGAGCAGGGAUAUAGAGAGGCACUUUGAUCCGUACGGAAAAAUACUCAAUAUAAGGAUUAGAAGGAAUUUUGCAUUUGUUCAAUAUGAAACUCAGGAGGAUGCUACUAGAGCCUUGGAUGCUACAAAUAUGAGUAGACUGAUGGAUCAAGUCAUUACAGUUGAAUAUGCAAAUAAAGAUGAUGAUGACAGGAGAAAUGGGCUUAGUCCUGAUAGAAACCGUGAUAGGGGUCUUAAGAGAGGUUAUGACCGAGGCCGAUCUCGGAGUCCUUAUGGAAGAGAGCGGGGAAGUCCCGAUUAUGGUCGUGGUCGGGCCCGUAGCCCAAGUCCAAUCCGUCAAGGUAGGUCAAGUCCUGAUUAUGGUCGUCGUCCUAGUCCAAAUCCCAAUCAUAGGGAGAGGGAUUCCGAUUAUGGCGGUGGCCGUAGUCCAAGCCUGAGAAAGGAGAGGAACCCUGAUCAUGGAAAUGGUCAUAGUCCGAACCCUCGAAGGGUGAGAGCCGGUUCUGAAAAUGGCCGCGCGAACAGUCCACCAGAGGAAGGACUUUUGGAAUCUCCUCCAAGGGGGAGGAGAGAGAAAUAUAGCCCAGAUGGUUAUCGUGCCCGCAGCCCAAGGUCUAAACCUGAAGAAAUAGAUAGUCCUGGAUAUGCUGCAGCAGAAAGUCCUCUUCCAGAACAACACAGGAGCCUUUCACCUCCAACUCGAGAAAGAUCUCGCUCCUAAUUUGCUCGCUAUCAGCCUCUGACCUUAUGUCAUAUUUGGCGAGGACUGUCACAUUGCAAGUGGCGCUGUAGAAGUAUGCUUCAAGUUUGCUGGAGCCUCAAAACUCUAAUGUCUUUGUUUUUACUUCAAUAUGUUCAACAUUCCAGUCACUAGUAUGGCUUUUUGACAAUUUGUUCUUGAAAUAGACUUGCUAGAGUGUAUUAGGUAAUUCUGCUUUAAAGUUGAAAAGUCCAUGUUAAGACUUGGAUGAUGCACUUGAGCUGGGCUAACAAACUUUCUUGCUUAAUAUAUGUUCUCAAAAUCUACUUUUGA